UUUAGACCCCGAAACAACGUUCCGUUUUCUUCAAGCACGACGCUUAUCGGAUCGGAUCCGGCCAUUUCUUUGUUCGCCUUAUUCCGUCCUUUGCACCGUUCAUGCCCUAAUCGAAGGGGGAGAAAGGGAAGAAGAACAAGGGAGGAACAGGUGGUCUACCGAGGAAAUCGCCGGACACCGGAGCCCUUACCACCGGCAGAGACAGAGGAUCUGACGUCAUCGCCCACCGACUGAGACGCAGCGCUGUCGCUUUCCUCUUCGAUGCUACACCGUCGUCUCUCCAGAUCGCGGGCAGAUUUCCAUGGCGAAUGGAGAGUGGAGCUGUUGCGUCCUGGCGUUGAGAUUGUUCAUGCAUAUCACUGUUGCUGUCACUCGGCUUUCCCGAAUCAUGGAUCGCACCGAUGGAGAUGAUCAUGAAGGAGGCAGUGUCGUAGGCUUCGAAGUACCAAGGUCGCCCGAUUCAAGCUACAACAACCCGAUACCGGGAAAUGAAGAUGAAGCUCGAGAGCCUCCACUUGUUCCUCCUCAUCUGCACCAUACCUUGCUGAACUACCCCCACGGCCAAGACGAUCCAAGCAGUCUUUCCAUGCCUCAAAAUGUGAUCCUGAAUCACCUCUACAUAGGGAACCAAGAUGGCCCGAGAUCUGUUGUAGCUCUAGGGAUCACCCACCGUGUCCGGUCAAAGUACGUUACAGUUGUGCUCUACAAGCCAGUCCAGAGAAGGUGAACUCCAUUUUCUUUUGUCGAUUGGGUUAAUAUUCAUGAGAGCCUGACUGCUGUGGCUGUGACCAAACUGACAAAGUGGAAACCCAUUCUACAAUUACUCAUCUGCAUAAAUGGAUCUGAUUCUCCUUAUCA